CGGCGCGAUGUUCAGGCUUCUAAUCUCGCUCGCAUCCCUGGUGGUGGUCUCAACUGUGGUUGGGUCCAGGCUUCCAGAGCCAGAACUAACCGGGGGAAUCAUCUCGUCGUGGGGUAUGUUUCCAUCGGCAGCUUUCAUUAGCACACCUGCGUUAAGCUACUGUGGAGCUGCUGUUAUUCAUCCCGACUUUGUCCUGACAUUGGCUCAAUGCGUUUACGAUGAGUCACGACAGGUUACGCUGCAGUCGAACUUGAUAGAAGUUGUAGCUGGCGAUAUCAAGAUAAUCCCGGCGUCCUUUGGACGCCAACAGCGGAGCGUUCAGGAAGUGAUUGUUCAUCAGAACUAUACAGGGUAUAAUUACAACAAUGACAUCGCUUUGCUUCGCGUGGAUAAACCCUUCGAGGUACCUUCCAAUUCGGUGGAAAUGGGGACUCGUAGACGCAUAAUUGUACCAAAUGGAGCGGUUUGCCAAUGCCCCGGGUGGGGUGUUCAAAGGAGUACGUCAAUCGACCAGGUGGAAAUUGUGCAGAAGUAUCUCUCGGUGGAUGUUCUCGAUCGAGAUGCCUGCAACGAGGUGGAUGUUCACGGGGGGUUGGUGCGGGAGAGCAUGAUCUGCGCGGGGAAUCUGUACCAAAAUCCGAAUGCAGCUUGCAGUGGGAACCUAGGAUCACCCCUGUAUUGCGAUGACGAGCUCACUGGACUGCUAUCGUUCGGAGCCAACUGCGGGCUGGCGAAUGAUCCGCCUGUGUAUACACAGAUCCGUUUCUUCAAUAGUUGGAUUGAUGAACAUAUUGAACGAAAUGAGUAG